CGCAGAUCUUGCUCUUAUGGCACAAUUAUCUUUUUAUAUUAGGAAAUCUUCAUUAUACAUCUAGAGACAGACAUUGUCAUUGCAAAUAUUAUUUAGAAUUUAAUUGUACUCUUGACUAGGCAUAUAUAACCAUAAUUACAGCGUUUUUAAUGCUGCACUAAAUAGACUAAUCAGGUUUGAACAAUUAACAAGAAUAAAAUAUAGAUUGCUUUCAAACAUUUUAAAUGAUACUAUUAUGAUUUUUAAGUAGAUUAUUAAUAAUUUAAACAUUACUGUCCAUAUCAAUAUUAGAUGUAAAAUCAGUCUCAACUUCUUUUCUUAUUAUUCAGGAAAUAAUUUUUUUUUAUAAAAUAUAUUUUAAUUUCUAUUAAAAUUUAAUUUAAUUGUUCUGAUAAACUUAGCAUUUGAAGCAUAAGUAAUUAUUACAUUUCUGUGACAUUAAUUAUAUACAAUAACUUUACGUAAAGACACAUUUUUUUAUACAAGGUGAUCUGUGAGACUUGGAACAAAUGCUAAUAUUACUAAGUAUACAAUGACCAUGCAAGUUGGUGAGAAAACUUAUUUUUGUGAAACGUGUAAUCAGAGUUUUUCAUGGAAAAAUCAUCAAACUGACCACAAUCGGACUCUUGCUGGAUAAAAAUCUGACUCUUGUAAUAUAUGUGUUAGGAUUUUCUCACAAAAAAUAAUGUGACUGAAUACAGUCCUGUCGAUAGUAGUGAAAAACCUUUUCUUUUGUAGCAUAUGUAAUAAGAGUUUUUCUUAUUUAAGAGUGAUCUGACUAAGAAUAGUACUUUUCAUGCUGGUGUGAAGCCUUAUUCUUGUAGUAUAUGUCACAAGAGUUUUUCAAAUUUUAGUAACAUGAUUAAACACAGUAGUGUUCACACUGGGGAGAAACCCUAUUCUUGUAGUAUAUGUAAUAAAAGUUUUUCAAACAGAAGUAAUCUGUAUCGCCACAAUCGUGUUCACACUGGUGAGAAACCUUAUUCUUGUAGUAUAUGUAAUAAGAGUUUUACACAAAAAAGUCAACUGACUAAUCACAGUCGUGUUCACACUGGUGAGAAACUUUAUUCUUGUAGUAUGUGUAAUAAGAGUUUUUCAGAUUCAAGUCAUCUGAAUGAACACUUUUGUGUUCCCACUGGUGAAAAACCUUAUUCUUGUAGUAUAUGUAAUAAGAGUUUUUCACAAAAAGGUAAUCUUACUCAACACUAUUGUGUUCAUACUGGUGAAAAACCUUAUUCUUGUAGUUUAUGUAACAAGAGUUUUUCACAAAAAAGUCAUCUAACUGAACACAAUCGUGUUCACACUGGGGAGAAACCUUAUUCAUGUAGUUUCUGUAAUAAGAGUUUUUUACGAGGAAGUCAUCUGAAUGAACACUUUCGUGUUCACACUGGGGAGAAACCUUAUUCUUGUAGUAUAUGUAAUAAGAGUUUUUCAAACAGAAGUAGACUUACUCAACACUAUUAUAUUCAUACUGGUGAUAAACCUUAUUCUUGUAGUUUAUGUAACAAGAGUUUUUCACAAAAAAAUUAUCUAACGAAACACAAUCUUGUUCACACUGAUAAACCUUAUUCCUGUAGUAUAUGUAAUAAGAGUUUUUCACGGAAAAGUCGUCUGACUAACCACAGUCAUGUUCACACUGGUGAAAAACUUUAUUCUUGUAGUAUAUGUAAUAAGAGUUUUUCAUGCAGUGAAAGUCUGGCUGUACACUUUCGUGUUCAUACUGGAGAGAAGCCUUAUUCUUGUGGUAUAUGUAAUAGGAAUUUUUCAUGCAACAGUCUUCUGAUGAGACACAGCAUUGUUCAUACUAGGGAGAAACCUGGUUCUUGUAGUUAAUUCUUACCCCCCUAUUCACUGUUGACACUGAACUAACACGUAUUACCAGUUCCGAAGCCCCUUUUUGGAAAUAUUGACCAGGAUUGAAAAAGUGUAUUUAUUAUUUUUGGACCGUCUGUUUUGUAACUUGGGAUUUCUAAACUCGAUGUUAACUUGCUCUCCGGUGGCAGAUUUACAGCCUUAUUAACAGUUUGAUUUUUUGUUGCUGUUGUUAAAACAAAUUUUCUAUGAAAGAAUAAGAAAAAGAUUGCAUUGAGUAAUAAAAUUUGAAUCACUCUUUUACUGGACAAAUGAAAAAAAAUUUAAGUUUAAUUUUCCUAACUGACUUGUAUUGAUGAGCAAAAGGAUCUAAGUAUUAUUAUUAUGAAUUUAGAUAUUUUAUUAUUAUUGAUAUCAUAAGGCUGCGCACAAACAUAGAAAUAUUACUGAAAUUCAAUUAAAAAUUCUUUUAUUUCACACAAUUAUUUAAUACUUUUAUUUCAAACAACAAUCAAAGGAAUUAUGCUAACAUCCUCCUCAUCCUUAUUCACACAUUUUUAAAUUUUUUCUUCCCUUCAUAACUUAAGCCAUUAAAAAGAAUUUUCAUUUUUUAAACACUUUAAAUGAAAUUGUAUAAAAUAAACUUCUCAGCUCAGAUAAGCAUAAAUCAACAAAUUCCUAUUAUUAAGAAGAAGUUACAAAUGACUAUUAUUGUGCUGAAAUCUGCCGAAGAUAGAAAAACCGUAGGGGAUAUGAUUAAUAAGAUAACGAUUUUUUUUAAGGGCGAAUAUCAUAAUCUGAACAAAUAUUCCAAAAUUUUUAAAAAAAUCACACAUUUAACAAUUUAAUUUUUUAAAUAAUUGUAAAUGGAAAUAUGUCAGUUGUAUAUGCCCCAGAUGUCAUAAACAUGGGUACCACUCUUCAAUUCUGGGGACUGAAAUCAGUCUUGAGACAAAUGAAUGGACUAAUAAAUUCUAGCAAUUUAAUUUUAAGUUUUCUUUCUUUUUUCAUUAGAAGUUUUAAAAAAAAUUUUCGUCAAGAUAAAAAAUAAUAUAUCUUAAUGAAAACAUAUGAUAUGGUAAUGACAUCAGGACUAUUAUUUAUCUUAUUUUUGUCAACUUCACUAAAUCUUAUUCUUAAAUUCUUGGCAAAUGGGAAUGAUUGAACUUCAUCUUCUUGUGCAAUUAAAUUUGUACUAUUACUGAAUCUAAAUCUGCUCGAGUUUGCUUCCCCCACCAUAACCUAUUGUCAUGCUGGCCAAAUUUAAUUAAGAUUAUUUUUUUUUAAAAAGAAAGAAAUUAUAGUGCUAGGACAAAAAAUAAGUAACGAUGAAGUGAAAAAUUGAGAUAUGAAUGGUUUCAGGUUGUUCAGUAUUAGCUGUAAAAAAGUAUACAAAGUUAGCUGUUAUUUUAGUUUUGUUUGCUAAAAAAAACAUAAAAUAAAGAAAAACAUAUUUAGCAAAAAUAAUCAAAUGAUUCAUUUAAUAUGUAGGCUAUUAUCAAGGAAAGGUAAACUUUGAUAUCAGUGAGCAAUAAAUUUCUAAAAGUUUGGUAAACAGCACUAGACAGUAUUAUUUGGUCAAAAAAUAAGUUCAGUCUUGAAAUUUUCGUUAGAGUGGUACCCCUUGCCAUAAAGUACUCAGGCCAUAUAUUUAAAAAAAAUUUUAAUUAAAGAUUGCAUUUUAACUUCAUAUAGUAUUAAGCAAUGAAUCCCUCCCUAAAGAUUCCAUUUUUUCCAAAUGUUCAGCUGAUUGUUUUAUGGUUAUUAAAGUUAAUGCUUAUUCUAAUUCUAAUGCUUAUUCUAAAUUCUAAUGCUUAUUUGAUGCUGAUUAUUGUGUAGCUUAAAUGUUACCUCAGAUCAAGAUUUGUUUUGAUUAAAUAAUAUUUAUUUCAGCAUAAGUUUUAAUAUAGAUUAAAAAUAUUGUAUGUGUUUUUAAUUUUAUUAAUAGUUUUAUUUGGUGGAUGAAAUUUUUUUUUAAAAGUUCAUUCAUUAUCUUCAUAUGUAAAUAUUGCAAAUUAUUUGCAUUUUCAUCUGUAAACUAUAUUAUAUUUUUGGGCAAGAUCUAUCAUCUCGAAAGAUAUCAUCAAGAUCUAUAAUCAUUUUAUGAAUUGUAUUCUUUUUUGUAUUUCUUUCAAGCAUCCA